AGUUUUUCUUUUUUAAACUUUUCUUUUUGUCAGUUUUAGAACUUUCAUUGGUCUUGUAGUUGUUCUGUUGAGUGUUCAUAUCUGGUUACAUUCCUUCUAGGUGUUCUGUUUCUUGUUAAUUUUCCAUUUCCAUCAUACCCACAUUGAGUUUUCGUGUGUGUGUGUGUGUGUGUGUGUGUGUUGAUCUACAGGUUGUUCUGUUGAGUGCCCAGAAGUUGGUUCUUGUUAAUUUUCUAAUUUGAUCACAUCCACUUUGUGUUUUUGCUUCUUUUCGUUUGAUUCAGUUUUUAUUUUGUCUGUUUUGUAUCUUUUGAUUAAGUUCUACUAGGUGUUUUAUAACUUUGUUUGGUGUUCAUAUCCUUUUGACCUUUCUUCGAAGUGUUCAUUUAUUGGGGUUCAUGUCUAUUAAUCUUUUUGCCAACCCAUAACCUGGUUUUCUUUCAAUUUGUUCACACCCACAUUUGGUGUUCGCAUAUUUCUCUAAAAAUGACAGCCCGGUGCACGAAGCAUCCCGCAUUCACCCAUAAGGUGGAGGCGAUGAAGUUGUUCAUCAUAUUGUUGCCAAUUUUAUCGGUUCUAGUUGCUCUUCAAGGUGUAACGUCUCAUGAAGAUCACCCGCUUGCAAGGAUUGCUGUUCAUAAGGCUAUCUCUGCUUUGGAUGCUCGUGCUUAUGUCAAAGCAACUCCUUCUGUUCUUGGGUCAAAUGGUCUAAGCCAAGAAUGGAUAUCUCUGGAGUUUGGCACAGGCAACCCGUCAAAUGAUGAUUGGAUUGGAGUAUUUUCUCCUGCCAAUUUCAGUGCAGCUAUUUGUGACCCUGAAAAUAACAUGGUGACUCCACCACUUUUGUGUACAGCUCCUCUAAAGUAUCAAUUUGCAAAUCACUCCAAUCCCAACUACAAAAGGAUAGGAAAAGGAUCAUUAAAGCUUCAAUUGAUCAACCAGAGAUCAGAUUUCUCUUUUGCACUGUUUUCUGGUGGAUUACGAAAUCCAAAGCUGGUUGCAGUGUCAAACACUGUUGCCUUUGCAAAUCCAAAUGCACCAGUUUACCCACGGUUAGCACAGGGAAAGGCAUGGAAUGAAAUGACUGUUACAUGGACUAGUGGAUACGAUAUCAAUGAAGCAGAGCCCUUUGUGGAGUGGGGUCGGCAAGGAGGACAACAGACUCGUUCUCCAGCAGGGACUUUGACUAUCGACCGUAGUAGCUUAUGUGGUGCACCAGCAAGAACUGUUGGAUGGCGUGAUCCUGGAUUCAUUCACACUAGCUUUCUGAAGGAGUUGUGGCCCAAUUCAGUAUAUACCUACAAGCUGGGGCAUAAACUGUUCAAUGGCACAUAUAUCUGGAGUCAGAUGUACAAAUUUAAAUCAUCGCCUUAUCCUGGUCAAAACUCUCUUCAGCGAGUAGUCAUUUUUGGUGACAUGGGAAAGGAAGAAGCUGAUGGCUCCAAUGUGUACAAUCAAUACCAACCUGGCUCCCUCAACACUACCAAGCAAAUCGUUGACGACUUGAAGAACAUUGACAUAGUCUUUCACAUCGGGGAUAUCGUUUAUGCCAAUGGAUAUCUUUCUCAGUGGGAUCAGUUUACUUCUCAAGUCGAGCAAAUUACUUCAAGAGUACCAUACAUGAUUGCUAGUGGCAACCAUGAACGUGAUUGGCCUGAUAGUGGGUCAUUUUACGGUAAAAAGGAUUCAGGCGGAGAAUGUGGUGUUUUGGCUCAGACAAUGUUCUACUUCCCUGCUGAAAAUAAGGAUAAGUUCUGGUACUCUACAGAUUAUGGCAUGUUCAGAUUCUGUAUUGCUGAUACGGAACAUGAUUGGAGAGAGGGCACAGAACAAUAUGAGUUCAUUGAACACUGCUUUGCAUCUGUAGAUAGACAGAAACAACCAUGGUUAAUCUUCCUUGCACAUAGGGUACUUGGUUACUCUUCUGGCGAUUUUUAUGCUGAUGAAGGAUCGUUUGGAGAACCAAUGGGGAGGGAAAGCCUUCAAAAGCUUUGGCAGAAGUAUAAAGUUGACAUAGCCAUAUAUGGUCAUGUUCAUAAUUACGAAAGAACGUGUCCCAUUUAUCAGAAUACUUGUACAAUGAACGAGAAGAACUCUUACAAGGGAACCUUGAACGGGACGAUACAUGUUGUUGCAGGGGGAGGUGGAGCAGGUCUAGUAAAGUUUACAUCCCUCCAGACCAAGUGGAGUAUUUUUAAAGAUUAUGAUUAUGGAUUUGUGAAGAUGACAGCGUUCGAUCAUUCAAAUCUAUUAUUCGAGUACAAGAAGAGCAGAGAUGGUAAAGUGUACGACUCUUUCAAUAUUUCCCGGGAUUACAGAGACAUCUUGGCGUGCACUGUCGAUAGCUGCCCGAGCAUGACACUGGCAUCUUGAUUUGUCUAUGAAGGAAGAUUUAAAGUUUGAUUAUACCAUCAAAAUCUCUACACUUUGAUGCAAAUCCAGUUCAGAGCCACAAGCACCUGUGGCCUCACAGAUAAACAGUCUGGGUAUAAAAAUGAUUGAGGACAAUCGGUUGUUUAUUAGCCUUUUCAAGAAUUUAUUUGGUUGUGUUGGGAAAAAGAGUGGGAAGUUAAAUGGAACAUUUGUGAGGUCCAAUGUGCUAUCAUUUUCAUCUUUCAUAAAGUCUGAGAAAAUUGGUAAUGAAAGGCAAUGCAUUAUGUGUAAGAGGAGAUCCUUUUCCAAGUAAUUUUAUUGCCUUUUUUCACUUUUA